UGCCCCCGGUCAGAGUGAAAGUUGCCUCCGCUAAGAAAAGCGGUGGUUCGGGACUCGCCAGUUUUCCACCGCCGCCGCUUCGCACGCUUUCUCCCGGAGAGAUGAGGCGGAAGGAGAAGAGGCUGCUGCAGUUCGCCGGGCUGCUCUUGGCGGCUCUUCUCUUCCUCCCGAACGUCGGGCUGUGGUCUCUGUACAGGGACCGAGUGUUCGACAACUCGCCCGACGCAGCGGACGGUCCGGGCGGCAUCCCCCCGGUACAGGGGGUUAACCGGAUGGGGAAAGACGCUCAGGUGGGACGCGAUGGCGUACGGAGGAAAAACUGGCACGACUACGAAGCAAUCAAAAGAGACUCCUCUCGAUCUGGUAACGGUGAACAGGGGAAGCCGUUCCCCCUGACCGACACCGACCGGGUCGACCAGGCCUACAGAGAGAACGGAUUCAACAUUUACGUCAGCGACCGGAUCUCCCUCAACCGCUCCCUCCCUGACAUCCGCCACCCAAACUGUAAACAGAAGCUGUAUGCGGAGAAGCUGCCCAACACCAGCAUCAUCAUCCCGUUCCACAACGAGGGCUGGUCGUCACUGCUGAGGACCGUUCACAGCGUGCUCAACCGCUCUCCUCCACAGCUCAUCGCGGAGGUCAUCCUGGUCGACGACUUCAGCGACAAAGAGCACCUAAAGGUGGCACUAGAGGAGUACAUGGUGCGGAUGCCGAAGGUUCGCAUCUUGAGGACGAAGAAGAGGGAAGGGCUGAUCAGGACUCGCCUGCUGGGAGCCGCAGCCGCCAAAGGAGAAGUCAUCACCUUCCUGGACUCUCACUGUGAGGCCAACGUCAACUGGCUGCCUCCACUGCUAGACCGAAUCGCCCAGAACAGGAAGACCAUUGUGUGUCCGAUGAUUGACGUCAUCGACCACGACAACUUUGGCUACGAAACACAGGCAGGGGACGCCAUGCGAGGAGCAUUCGACUGGGAAAUGUACUACAAACGGAUCCCCAUCCCAACAGAGCUGCAGAAGGACGACCCCAGUGAACCCUUUGAGUCACCGGUGAUGGCGGGUGGACUGUUUGCCGUGGACAGGAAGUGGUUCUGGGAGCUGGGAGGAUAUGACACGGGUCUGGAGAUCUGGGGAGGAGAGCAGUACGAGAUCUCCUUCAAGGUGUGGAUGUGCGGCGGUCGGAUGGAGGACAUCCCUUGCUCCAGGGUAGGACACAUCUACAGGAAGUACGUCCCCUACAAAGUGCCUGGUGGUGUCAGCCUGGCCAGGAACCUAAAACGCGUGGCAGAGGUGUGGAUGGACGAAUACGCCGAAUACAUCUACCAGCGUCGGCCCGAGUACCGCCACCUGUCAGCGGGAGACAUGACGGUGCAGAAGGAACUGAGGAACCGGCUAAACUGCAAGAGCUUCAAGUGGUUCAUGAGUGAGGUGGCCUGGGAUCUGCCCAAACACUACCCACCGGUGGAGCCUCCCGCUGCUGCCUGGGGAGAGAUCCGUAACGUGGGCAGCGGCAUGUGCAUGGAGAGCAAACACUUUGUGUCGGGCAGCCCCAUCCGCCUGGAGAGCUGCGUGAAGGGACGGGGCGAGGUGAGCUGGAGCCAUGGACAGGUGUUCACGUUCGGCUGGAGAGAGGACGUCCGGGUGGGGGACCCCAUGCACACUAAAAAAGUGUGCUUUGACGCCAUCUCCCACAACAGCCCCGUCACCCUGUACGACUGCCACGGCAUGAAGGGCAACCAGCUGUGGCGCUACAGAAAGGAUAAGAGUCUGUAUCACCCCGUCAGCAACAGCUGCAUCGACAGCAGCCCCAGCGAGCGGCGCGUCUUCAUGAACACGUGCGACCCCUCCUCCCCCAGCCAGCAGUGGCUGUUUGAGAGAACCAACGCCACCGUGCUGGAGCACUUCAACCGGGGCACCAACUGAGGCCCCGCGGCGUCCGGGAGAAAGGACUCGUGACGCACACAGACGUGGAUCAUCUGCUGCUGCUGCUGCUGCUGCUGCUGCUGCGAAAUGGGGUUUUACAUUAACUCUGGUUCCCCAUUUACAUGGCGCUAAGGUGACAGCCGUUUCUCUUCGGGGUGCUCAGAGUGAGGCAGGAUGGGAUACCGUGGGGGGAAGUUGGUUAAACCCAUCAGUAAGAGGAAAGACUGAGCUGAACUGAUGAGAUUGAUUGAUUGGGGUUGUGUAUAAAGUGACUUUGUGUGUGAGAAGUAUUUACAGCGGUGCUGUGGCAGUGGGUCUCUACUUCCUGAUUUUGCUGUUGAUUGGUUAUCUGACAUUUCUCUCCUCUCGAUUUGAGAUUUUCUCUGCCUUUAUCCAUUGCCUCUAACUGUCCAUCUGCCUUUAUCUUCUGUCUCCAUCUCUUUUCCCCACUUGUCUCUCCUGGUCUGCCUCUGCCUGCAUGACUGCACCUUUGGCCACCUUCUCCGUUCUCCCUCUCAAAUCCCCUUAUGUCUCUCUAGCUCUGACAAAGUCAUCCUGACACCUGGGUGAAGCCAGGCAGAACCACUCUGAAAAUCAGCUGGCGAAUUGAUUCGCCUUUACAACCCUUAUCCAGCGUGUUCCCUCCCUCAUCCUUCCCUCGUGCCCGUGCCCCCCCACCCCCCCGGGCAUGUAGUUACACUUGGCUUGCUCUCCUCCUGUCUGUGAUCGAUGUGGGCAGAGCUGCUUUGAAUGUAGCAGGUGGAAAUUGAAGAAGAAAGUGUAGAGGAAAGAAACGGCAACCUGUUGCCCCCCCCUUCCUCUCCAUUCCUCGCCGUAUUUAUUGCUGAGUCGUUCGCUUGUUUGUCACUGUGCCACGUUCUUCUAUCCGUCAGAGGCGAGCGCUACCCGACGCCAGGGUUUGCGCAAGCCAACUGUUACUGGCUAAGGGGCGUGUUUGCUGCCACGGUAGUGACGGUGGGAUAGCUGCUGUCACACCUCGUAGAGUCUCCGCCUGAAUGCUGCACGCCCUUUGCUCCUCCCCAACCAGUUGCCAGGACGACCUCGUCGCAGGCCGCCGAGCGCGGGGCCGCGUCACGGUGCGGACCAGCGGGCAGGGCCACGAACGCCUGCCCGUCUGGGUGACUAGCUAUGUGACUGGCAGGGCGGCUGAUUCACAGCGGGGCCGCCCGAUUGGCCAGUUGCCGAGCUGACACAUCAGUUUAGCGCACGGCGGGACCAGGAGGAGGGACGAAUGGGGGAACUGCUGUGGAUAGGCUCGCCGAGGUAGCUCUAGGAUUGAGACGGAUGUGGAGGUUUCAAAUGCAUAAAGCACUCGUGUCAUGAUAAACUUGAAUGAAAUCUUAGUGCCUUGUUGGAAGAGGACUAGAUGUUGAUGUGUGUAUUCGCAGCAAGUGUGUGUGUGUGCGUGGUCCAAAAUGUCCGUAGAAGCAUAGGGAACAAUUCACUCAAUUCAGGAAGUGACUUUUUCCAACAAACGGAUUCUCCCCCAGUCUCAUUUGGAAUCGAGCUUGAAUCGAGGAGAACUCUGGUGCAGGACAUCGAAGGAACCACCGGCUUUCUGACUCUUACAUGGCUUUCCAAAUGAACACACAUGUAACUGCUGGCUGUGAAUAGAGCUAAAGAGACUUCUGUUUUCCACCAUAAUUUCUCCUGCCUUGAAAACCGAACUACAGCCCUAAGAAGACUUUUGUUAUAUUUUAAUCAGGACAUGAUGCUGUGUGUUGUUUUUUUUUUUUUUUCCUCACCUGUUCAAUCCAAAGUCUUUUUAUGGGAAAGUGAAUUGUUGUUGUUUUAACCACCUUUUUGAAUCCGUUUGGUUCUUCUGUCCUUAUUUUAGUUAAAUGUUGUUUGAUCUUUUGUUUUGAUCCUGUGGUUCAGCUGAUGAAGAUUUAGUUUGAAUUCCUGUUCGACGUGAUGUGCCUGUCUGUCGCCUGCACCCACUUUCUAAUCCAAUUUUCUGAAACAGAACUAUGUACAGUGUUUGCCAUUGUAAUCAUCACUUCCAGGUAUUGUGCUGUGGUAGAUUUUAACAGUCAGUUGUAGACAAGAAAAUCAAAUCCUUAUACCUUGGUCAAGGUAUUUUUUUUUUUUUUUUUUAAUCACAUUGUGGCUGCGUUUGCAGUAGUCACAUCGAGGUACCUUUGUGUGCAGAUUGAAACCAGAUGUGAAACAGAUACGUUGUCAAAAAAGCUGGAUUUCAGAUUUUAACAUCCAUCACUAGCGGAUAGGGAUGAUUUUGCGUCAUAAAAAUGAAUUGUUCACACAAAUGCUAAUCAUUAGGAGUGCAACGGGUCGGUAAACGGCAGUAGCUGUGCUGAUGUUUAUUCUUUUUACCGAGGAGUAGGUGGACAUCUCUAGUUGAUUAAUAUUUUAACCUUAAGACUGAAAAUUCAGUAUUGCUGCCAUGAGAUUACUCAGCACCGAAAAAGGUUAAGUGAUAUUAGUUUAUCAGGCCUGUCCAAAAAUGUAUCUAUUUAAAAAAAAAAAGAAAGAGGUAUGUGUUUUAAAAUAGAAAUGUCUAAUCACAAAGAUCAUUUCUGCUGCUCAUUCAGCCCAAGAAGGAAUUCUUUGGGAAGUCCUCCACCAGUAAUUCAAGAUUGAGUUUAUAGUUGGUACUUAAACCCACCACAACACUGAAGAGGUUGGACGGUUGACGUUUUAACCCUCCGGCCGCAGUACACAAACUGAUAUGGACUUGUGGCAGUUAGAUGGGCCCAUCAGAUUAAAGCUGAAAACCGUUGGCCAGAGUCUUUUUCAUGGGCUUGGAAACUGGCUCAACCAUUAUUCCAUUUGCUAAUUGUAACGUCACGGUAUCCUUCAGAUAUGUCAAUCACUGUCUGCUUCACUUUGCCAUUAGAUUUUUCAUCUGCUUCGUCGGAGACAGAGGUUUUUGAUUGAAUUCCAAAGUCACAUGUUGUAAAACAAAAAGGCAAAUACCAGUAUGUGCAUAACUUUUCCUGUGUUUCAUAGACUUUAUUAUAGAUUUUGCAUCUAGCAUCGUGUCUGUCGAUAGUCUAUGAUUUGGCCAAUAAAUGACUGUUUAACACCUCAUUUAUUUUCUUGGUGUUUGAAAAUCAUCCCAGUCAAGUCACCAUUUUGUUUAGUACGUUCACCUGUCUUAGUCUGUAUCGCGAUCCUGACUUUGCACUCCGGUUAGUUUUUGGUCAGGGUUUCUCUGUGUCUUUUUCUCCCUGACCUUCAAGCUACAUGCCUGAACAGCUUGUACAUUGUCACAUUGUUAAGAGGUGACUGGGAAUUGCUGCUUCAGACCAAUGAGUCACUGCUGUAGCCACGUUUCCACUGCAGGACCGAACAGGACCAAACCGAGCACACAUCUGACCUUUAUACAGGCUUCCUACAUUUCCUCUUUCCUUCCACGCCGUCACGGCAACGGUGUUUGAAAGUGAAGUCCUGUUUGGAUCAGUAGUGCAUUUUUAGCCGUUCAAUCAUGUGACUUUAUGUGAAGGACUGUUUAAUACAAACACUGUACUUGUGGACAAAGUUAUGUCAUGGGUUGGAUACACAAGGCAACAUUUUGGGCUAAAAUAAGACACUAGAUCAAAUAUAAAGAGCUUUUUUUUUUUCCUGUAGUAAAAAAGAGAAAGCUGUAGCCAUCAUAAAAGUCUGUCUUCUCGUUGUUGUUUUCCAACAUCUGUAGACCAGUUUCCAACAUAUUUCCCAACAUCUGCAGAACAGUUUGCUAACAUCUGGUUUGCCCUGAGUCAUCUGAGGCCUUGACACACUGCAGCGUAGCCACAGUGUGUCAGAAAAUAACCACCUGUUGACUAUACCAUGAUGCCAGUUAAUUAAACCUUUGGCAUCUGAAUCAAACACAUCAAGAGCCACAGAAGAGUAAAUUCAGGGGCUAGCGCAAGCUCGAAGGAGCAUUUUAGCCUCUUUUAGCCCCCAGUUUUGGUUUCAUGGCACAUUAAAUACUUCUUUGUUUCCACCAAAAAAGAUCUGAUAAACCCACUGUGCGAUACCUGCUCAGCACCAAAGAGCAGACGGGCUAAAUCAGUGACUAGCUGCUGAAAACACUGGGACAUUUAACAGCUAAAAAGUAAGAUUUGUUUGCCAGGAGUUGGUGGAGACCAAAACAGAGCUGAAAGAAGAAUCGAUAUUGGACACAGACACAACUCCAAAUGAAAUACAACAUUGCUCCGCAUCUGCUGGAUGUUUAAAAAAACUGGUUCACUAUCAGCACCCAUGUCUUUCUGAAGAUGCCACCACCUCAUUUGCCGGCUCCGGCUGGCGUUUGGUCAGUGCGGCUCUUUUUAUUGGAGCGAAUCCAUUCAGUUUGAACUGACAAGAGCAGAUGAUGGUGAUAAUAAACUGUUCUUUGGGACUUGUCCAGGGGAUUUGGAGAAAAUUACAUGAUGUCAAAAAGUUACAGACUCUGUAUCUUCUAAGCAACUAUUUAAAUCCAUUCCUUUUUCGCCUUAGAAAAGAGAAAAUCAAUCGGGUUUAGUAGCAGAAACAGAACUUAAAUUGUCUCUCUGGGGAAAUUGCUCCUAAGUAUUAACCCAAAAUGUUGCUAACUGAAUCCCUUUUAAGUAAAGUUUGAAUUGAAUCGAAAAACUUUGUGGAAGUAUUUUAUGUUUUUCAUUUCCCUCAUCAGAGCGCAUUGUACUAUUCCAUUGCACAUAUGAAGUAUGUUCUUAUCACAUCAAACCGUAACUUGGGUCGAGCUAAGACGGUUUACAUUUGCUCCAUCCCAACCUUUUUCCUCUGUGGUUAAGUAUUUAAAACACAUUACUACUGUGUCCCCUCUCCAUGAAUAUCUUCCGUAUACGCAUAUAACAGUGUAAUAAAAUCCAAUUUAAGUGUACGUACACUUGACACCUUGUUUUGUUUCGGUAAUCGCAAUACUUUUCCACUGUGAAUGGGAGAAGGCAGUUGCAGUUUUAAACGUGCUGCGUUUCAUUGUGUUUUUUUUUUUUCUGCCCCCACGAGGUUAUGGUCAGGCUGCAAUUUGCUGAGCAAUGUAAAGAAAUCUCAUUUUAUAAGAGCAAAGGUUUUUAUGUCAACGGCCAAGUCGUCGGCCAGUCACACAAUGUUGUGUACAUGUGUGUGAAUUUUGAUGUGUAGGGAAGUGUACAUUUUGUAUCUCAUAAAAACAUAUCCAAUAUUUUUUUCUACUGACAUUGCAGCUGUAAAAGUGUAUUUAGAUAUUUAACAAACUGUACAAUUAAACUGGAAUUGUAUGAUAUUUUUGCUGAAAAUUGUAAAAUA